CGCAACGAUGGGAGUUUGACCAAGUUCAUAGCCGCUAGUCUCGUCGUGUGCACCUGCUAGCUUGAAGUAAAAAAAUGGAAAGAAAAGAAAAGAAAACUGAAGAAGAAGAACAAGCUUGAGGCUGCAUCAGUACGAGGGCAACCAACAUUGUACUAGCGUGAAGCGGCACCUUCGCGUUUAGCGGCUCGGUGUUGCAGCUUGACCCUGGUGUGCUGCUGUCAAACCUCCGCUAACAUGGAUUCGUCGCAACGAGAACGAGUGGACUGACGGCUUUUAAUAUCUUUCUUCAAAAAGCACCAGCGAAAUAGCACCUGGGUGCAGCGACGCUUCUAGUAUAGAGUUGUUCGUAACCAACAGUAAAAGGACAUGCAAAAGUUCAACUCCACCGGCACCCACAACAACACUCUGCCCCGGGACGCCGAGCUGCAACUGCGGCUAUCAGACAGCGCAGUCUCCGGGGAGUCCGGGAUGGAGAACGGAGCCGGGAAGCAUUACCUACGCCACCAGCAUGAGGAAGAGGAGAGCUCCUUCUGGAGCAAGAGGAAGAUGCUGGUCUGUUUGGACGUUAUAUGUCUCUGUGUUGCCUCCAUCCCAUUCUUUGCAUGUGAACUAAAGGCAGUGACUCCAUACAAACGCGGCUUCUUCUGUGGAGACACCAGCAUCACCUACCCCUAUGUGGAGAGAGAGGCCAUUCCUGACAGCAUGCUCAUCGCUGGAGGUAUAGUCAUCACUGGCUUAACGAUUGCACUUGGUGAAUGCUACCGGGUACGUUUUAGAGGCGUUCACUCGAGGGCUUUCGUUCGAAACCGUUACGUUUCGUGCCUGUACAAGGAGCUGGGGAGUUUUCUGUUUGGUUGCUGCGUAGGUCAGUCUCUCACUAACAUGGCCAAACUGAGUGUGGGACGUCUGCGACCCAACUUCUUGUCCGUCUGUAAUAUCACGUACGCGUCCAUCAACUGCACUAUUGGCAGUUAUGUGCCGCAGGCCAUCUGCAGACAACCAAAACACAAGAUGGUGGAAGAAGCAAGGAAGUCCUUUUUUUCUGGGCACGCUUCCUUUGCAAUGUACACCAUGCUGUACCUCGCUUUCUACCUGCAGGCGCGGCUGUCGUGGCGAGGAGCACGUCUGCUGCGUCCCUUAAUACAAUUCUUGUUGGUGAUGAUCGCCGUCUACACUGGCCUGAGCCGGAUCUCUGACUACCGUCACCACCCUACAGACGUCCUCACAGGCUUCAUUCAAGGAGGACUCACAGCAUACUGGGUGGCCUUCUACAUCUCCUCCAUGUUUAAGCCCUGUGCCCGUCCAGGCCUGUCUCCCACUAGCAUGACCCUGGAGAGUCCACUGUCCAGCCAGCAAACGGUCUGUUAGCAGACACAAGCAAUCACCCCCAGAAAUCAGCUGAUAAGAACUGCAGGAAGACGAGAGGAAUGACAGAGAAUUUAGCACAAAAGGAGUAGCUGAGAGAUGAGUGAGGAAUUUAUAAGAAAGGGAAUUGAUAUACAGGAGGUGAUUCAUGAAAGGUGAUGGAGAUACAAUCCACACAGGCCUUCUCUUUUGGGUAUACUGAUACACACACACACACACACUAAUCACCAUUUUCUCACAAACACACUACGUGAAAUACAGAAGCACAUAUGACUGUGAGUCGAACCCGUCCAGUGAAAAGAGCUGCAUAGUAAUAUUAUAGAUAUUUUUAUAUAUGAAAAAUGAUUUAAAAACAUUUAAAACAUGUUUAUUUUUAUGUCAAGAGGACAUUUUAGAAGCUGCUAAUGUUGAUAGAUGCCAGUUUGAACCUGUUUUCGUCUAAUUGACUUGUUUUUGUCAACUCAUGUGAUUAGCUCUUUAAAGCAGAACCGAUCACAGCCCAGGCAGCAUCUGUACUGUGUAAUGUGCAUCCCACAUUGACAUGCUGGCUGGGUCUCUGAGACUGGGCUGAGAGAAAGAGAGAGAGAGACUUGAUCCUCUCCUCAGCCUGGAGAACCUGUGAACUGAGACCUUCAGACCUCAGGCCUAAAGACAGCACUGGCUUCAUAACUGAGGCAAGUAAAAACACCCACAGAGGCCAUAGGAUUCUCCGUUUGAAUCAGCUGUUCUUUCCCAAACAUUUACACGGAAUUCUACCUAUGGACAAAAAAAAAGAAGUACCUCCCAUUUGAUUAUAUACGUAUGAAAACAGUAAGAGCAUACUUGUGCACAAUACAGGACUAGUCUGGCUGUAGGUUCUGUAACAGAAAUGGUCUAAUACAUGGUUUCUAUAAUAUCAAAUGUGGAUUUCAAGGUGCAAUGAAAAAGCACGCCAAAAAAAAAAUACCACCGAUUGUAAAACAGAUAUAAGGGGUAUAAAAAUGAAACUCACCAUAGACCGUUAGGUAGGACAUUGUUUUAUUUCGAAAGCUGUAGGGUUCUCUAUUGUCUCCUCUGUGGUCCUUUCCCUAAUUAAAAAAAUGCUAUAGGCUUUUAUUUUGACAGGCGUCAAGGGGCCUUUGUAGUUGGGAGAAAAGUUGCAAAUUUUUCAAAACAAAAUACUCUUCGCACUGAUAAUCAAAACAUUCAAAUAUGUUAUUCUCUCUGCUGCAAAUGUCCUAUUUCUAAUAGCCCUCUACUGGUGACCUCUGGUAUAGUCUACUGCGGAUAUAAAAUAAAAUAGAAAAAAAAAUUUGCCUGUUUAAAAAGUGAAGUUCUAACUUUAAUCCAUGUCACACAUGAGAGUGUUGCAAACAAAAACCUUCAUCUAAUCAAAGGAACAAAAACACUUCUCCCUGCAGUACAAGGCUAUCGUUCAUGUUUCAAGGCAGUGCCACUGCACUGUGAGGGAGGACUCAGGUAACUCCUCCCUCCUCUCCCACUUUCCACUACUUACCCAUAUGACUGUGUCUCAGAGGCGGAGGUUUGACUGAAUUUUUAACCUUUGACUUUUGCCCCGGGACUCCAAUCUCUGAGCUGCACCUUGAUUUAUGCCACUCUGACAGGAGGGACCGACGUGGCCCCCGCCCCGCCCCACAAGGGCCCUCCUGUGUAUCUUUAUUAAUAGCACUUGAACAUAUAUAAUAGAACCUUCUAAUAAUAAUCACUAUUAGAUAUUUUAUCACAAGUUUGAAUAAUCAGUGUUUAUGUUUGUUAAAGUCAGACUCAUACACUACAUUUGUUUGUUUCUGAAAAUGGUAAUUAUUCAAAUUGAAUGUAAAUACGUUUGUCAUUUUAUUACACACACAGACAACAAGUAUUAGUUCCAGUUUUUGGAGAUUUAUUUUGUCCUGUUUCUGUACAUUGAUUGUAUUUACAUUUGUGUCGAUCAGGUACGGAGACGUAGUUUGUAUCUGUUGUAACUACUAGACUGAGCCACAGGUAUUAUCGAAAAGCUAUGUUUCCAGUUAUUGUUCUACAUGUUUCUGUGAAUGCCAGAAAGGCAGAAAUAACCACUGUAAUCAAAAAACCAAACAAAUUAAAUGAAUGUUAAAUGAU